AUGUCCCUGGACACGAUGGUCGAGCCCGUUUUGUCAGGAAAAAUCAGGUUGUUGAGAUAUAGAAGGUCCUCCUCCCCCCUCCUACCCCAUAUAUCUUACUAUGUGUUUUUAAGGCAUAGAAAUCGAUUGGUGAUGAUCCCAGGGUCUCUGGAGGUCGAGAAUAUUGAGUUUGGUCACAGAUGGUGUAUAUUACAACAUCCACCUACCGUUGCAAAGGAAGUGCUGCCACGGUCCGGUCCAGAACCAUGGUUCGAACUGGACUUUUGGUCUGGUUCUCCAUGGUUUGGUCCAUGGUUCUCAUGCCAGCCAGAACCGGACCGGAAAACGGUUCUCGGUUCUAGAUCUUCCCAAACGGUCCAGUUCUGGUUCGACCUUCCCGAACCAUUUCCGAACCCCAAACCCAUUGUCGACUUCUACUUCAACUAUGAUGACGUCAAAGUGUCGUCUUCUGGAUUUGCACUAUUGGUUAAUUAG